AUUCUUUUAACCAAUUUAAGGACUUGGAAGUAAGAAACAGAGCAAUUACAAUGGAGAGACUAAAGAGUUUUACACACAUCAAUAUAGAUUUAGUUGAUGAAGAAAACGCAAACGAGCUUCUUCAUGCUCAAGCCCAUGUUUGGAACCACAUUUUUAGCUUCAUAAACUCUUGGUCUCUCAAAUGUGCUAUUCAACUUGGUAUCCCUGAUACCAUCCAUUCCUAUGGCAAGCCCAUGACUCUUUCUCACCUCAUAUCUUCCUUACCACUUCUCCACCAAAACAAAACCCCUCAUGUCUAUCGUCUAAUGCGAAUCUUGGUCCAUUCCGGGUUCUUUUCGAUCCAAAAAACCAAUGUAAAUAAUGAUGGAGAAGAAGAAGAAGAAGAAGAAGGUUAUGUUCUCACUGAUGCUUCAAAGCUCCUUCUCAAGGACAAUCCCUUGAGUGUGACACCGUUUUUGAUGGCAGUGUUGGACCCCAUUUUGACCAAACCAUGGAACCAUCUAAGCAAUUGGUUCAAGAAUGAUGAUCUUACGCCAUUUGAGACCUCGCAUGGAAUGGCGUUCUGGGAGUACGGCGGACAAGACUCGAAGCUCAACGACUUCUUUAACGAUGCCAUGGCUAGUGAUGCUCGGUUGGUCACGAAGGUGGUGAUUGAUAAGGGUAAGGGUGUGUUUGAGGGAUUGGAUUCUAUGGUUGAUGUUGGAGGUGGAACAGGCACUGUCGCAAAGGCUAUUGCAGAUGCAUUUCCUAAUAUGGAAUGCACUGUGUUUGAUCUACCACAUGUUGUUGCUGAUUUGAAAGGGACCAAGAACUUGAAAUAUGUCGGAGGGAACAUGUUUGAGGCAAUUCCUCCUUCAGAUGCAAUUUUGCUCAAGUGGAUAUUGCGUGACUGGAGUGAUGAAGAAAGUGUGAAAAUGCUGAAGAAAUGCAAAGAAGCAAUUGCAAACAAAGGAAAGAAUGGAAAGGUGAUAAUAAUGGACAUGAUGAUGGAGAACAAGAAAGGAGAUGAAGAAUCAAUUGAAACCCAGCUUUUCUUUGAUAUGAUGAUGAUGAUUUUGGUCACAGGUAAAGAAAGAACUGAGAAAGAAUGGGCUAAACUCUUUUAUGAUGCCGGAUUCAAUAACCAUAGUAUAACUCCCAUCUUGGGGUUAAGGUCUCUCAUUGAAGUUUAUCCUUAAAUCUAUUACGAAGCUUCCUUAGUAUAUCAUAUGUCAUGGGUUUUAGUUUUAUUUUAAUUAGACUCUUUUCUUUUCUGUUUUAUUUCUUUAUAUAUGUAAUGUAUCAAGAUAUAAUUA